AUGGAGGAUGGGGCCACUAGCCAAGGGAUGCAGGUGGCCUCCAGCAGCGGGGAGAGGAUUCUCCCCGGGAGCUGCCAGAAGGAGCCAGCCCUGCGGACCAUGUUGGACUUCUGGUCUCCAGACCUGAGAGACAAUACAACUGGAGGAGGGCUGGGGGUUCUGAGUCCUGGAUCUGCAGGAGGGGGCCCUGCUCCUGGGCCCUGCUCACCUCUGGGGGGUACCCCAGGCUCCUACAUCCUGCAGGGCCUGCUGGGCUGUGAGAUGGGCCCUGACAACUCCACGGCGGCCGUGGCCACGUUCGCCCUGAACGGCGAGGAGUUCAUGAAGUUCGACCCCAAGGCGGGCAACUGGGAUGGGGACUGGCCGGAGGCGCGGGCCAUCAGUCAGAAGUGGAGGCAGCGGCUGCUGGGCCACCUGGAGACCGGCCGCAGCAACCUGGAGUGGAAGGGACACCCCGCUUGCCAUGGCUGGUUCUUACCGGGAGCGGGGGGGGGGGCGUCCAGACCCAGGACUUGCGCUGGCUGGCCUCUCCGCUGCCCACACCCGCUCCCAGCCCCUGCCCCGGCUCAGAGGGCAGGGGGUCCCCUGAACACUGACAGCGUUUCUCUGGCCGCAGAUUCGUCCGCCAAGCCCUUGGUGCCAGUGGUUGGGAUCGUCAUCGGCUUCUUACUGCUCAUGGCCGUGGCUGCCGGAGGAGCCGUGCUGUGGUGGAGGAUGAAGAGGGGGCUACCAGCCCCUUGGAUCCUUCUUCGUGGGGACGACCUCGGUGCCCUCCUGCCCACUGGGCCAAGCAAGGAUGCUGACUCUUAGGCUGUGACAGCAUCUCAGCAGCUGCCUGACCACCCCGUCCUGGCUGUGACCAGCUAAGGCAGCCAGGGCUCUCCAUGCUGUGAGACCCCCCGGAAUCCUGUUAUUUCUGAGCCUCCAGAAGGAGUCCUGGGCCUGGUGUCCGCCCUCUGGAUUUUUCGUCCUGUGAUCAGCCUCAGUGUCCCCCCCUAAUAUAUACGGCUCUUUUCCACAUUCACAUAUAACACGAGUUUGGGCCUGA